GAUACAGAAAAGCCGUUUCCGCAAGAGGACUUGUUCUUGGUCUUGGUUUAUAGGGAAUUAGGUCAAGAAUAUCCCGUGUUUCACACCUCUCAACUGAAAAAUUAGUGCGCAAAAGGCCCAACACCCAAAACGUGUGAAGAACCUAAUUACCGAGUCCCUGACCACCGUCCACCGGCCGUCGCCGCCAUGAUCCCACCACCGUCCAACCACCAUUGCUCUACAAAGAGAUGCGCCAUUAGUAUAAAAUAGGACAGGGUAACUGAAGUACUAAGUGCUACGAGUAUGUGAUUCGAAUUGCUCUUUUUCUCUUUGAACCAAAUACUGUUUCUAUAACUUCUGUGUCCCCAACCCCACCAUUUUUCUUGUCUUUUCUUUUUCUAUUUAAUAUGUAAUUGCAAAUUAAAGUAGAACUGUGAGCAAUCCACCUUAUCCUUUUGUUUUUGCUUCCUCCGUUUUCAGUUGCACUGAGCUAUCAUGUCCUAUGUGUGCGUAUCUCAAAGAGGAUUUAAUUGAAAUCCUUUGGAAUAUUACAAAAUCUCUUCAAGUAUAUUUUUUUUAAUCAAUUUUUGGGUUUAUGACAUCCUCUCACUAAAUCUUGUCUUUGUGGUUGGCAAUCCCUCUCCGAAUUUCUCCUCAUUCCUCUGCUUCUCCACCUAUAACACUCCCGUAUUGUUGUCCCACUCUUCUUCUCCGCCCCGCCCCUUUGCUCUCUUUCAGCCAUAAUCACAAACAUUUAACGUCCGGAAGUUCUUGCUUACAUAUAACUCACUCUUGUUCUCUGUCUUUCUGUACGAACCAAUUGUUCUUGCUCUUUAAAGAAAACCCGUUUGUCGAUACAUAAUUUAUUUGGCCCUCAAUCAAACGUCGCGUAGAAAAGGACACUGUCGCAAUCAAAGGGAGAGAUUCAGAUAUGCAGGCUUCAACUGUGAGCCAAGAACCUACAAAUCCCUUUGGGUUUGUAUCCCAAUUGGGCUAUUUUGUUUCUUCCAGGUUCAAUCCCGAUGGGAACUCCACAUUUUUGUCAAAUUCCUUGUAUUUAGAUGCCAGGAAGAAGCCCAAGGCUGUGGCUUCAUUGAGUCUCAGCACCAAAGGUGCUGCGUUUAGCAUUAGAAGAGUAAUGAAUCAAUUUAAUAGAGCUAUUAGAUUCCAUUGCGAGAGAAUCCCACUUGGUUUUGCCUCAGUUCGGGUUGAUGCCGGGGAGAAUAAUGGGUGUAGAGAUGAUGGUAAUGGGAUUCUGGAGGAGUCAGAUGGAGUUCCUACGAAUGGUGUUGUCUCUGAUGCUCCAAAGAAGGUUUUGAUAUUGAUGAGCGAUACUGGAGGAGGCCAUAGAGCUUCUGCCGAGGCCAUUAGGGCAGCUUUCAAUGAAGAGUUUGGAGAUGAUUACCAGGUUUUUAUCACUGACUUGUGGACAGAUCAUACGCCAUGGCCCUUUAAUCAGUUACCAAAGAGUUAUAAUUUCCUUGUGAAACAUGGGACACUGUGGAAAAUGACAUAUUAUGCUUCUGCUCCACGUGUUAUUCAUCGAACCAAUUUUGCUGCCACCUCAACUUUCAUUGCUCGAGAGGUUGCUAAAGGAUUGAUGAAAUACCAGCCAGAUAUUAUUAUCAGUGUACACCCUCUGAUGCAACAUGUUCCACUUCGUAUUUUGAGGGCUAAGGGUCUCUUGAAGAAGAUUGUUUUUACCACUGUAGUAACAGACCUUUCCACCUGUCACCCAACAUGGUUUCACAAGCUUGUGACAAGAUGUUAUUGCCCAUCAGAAGAGGUAGCAAAACGUGCAUUGAGAGCUGGUCUUCAGCGUUCUCAAAUUAAGGUCUAUGGCCUUCCCGUACGGCCCUCAUUUGUGAAGCCUGUUCGCCCUAAGGAUGAAUUGAGGAAGGAUCUGGGAAUGGAUGAGCACCUCCCUGCCGUCUUGCUGAUGGGUGGUGGUGAAGGUAUGGGCCCCAUUGAGGCCACUGCUCGAGCUCUUGGAGAUGCAUUAUAUGAUGAAACUCAUGGAGAACCGAUUGGUCAGGUUCUUGUAAUUUGUGGCCGAAACAAAAAGCUAGCCAGCAAAUUGCAGUCAAUUAACUGGAAGAUCCCUGUCGAGGUAAAGGGUUUUGUCUCCAAGAUGGAGGAGUGCAUGGGUGCUUGUGAUUGCAUUAUCACUAAGGCUGGUCCUGGAACAAUUGCAGAAGCUAUGAUUCGAGGACUUCCUAUUAUCCUAAAUGAUUACAUUGCUGGCCAGGAAGCCGGGAACGUUCCAUACGUCGUACAAAACGGAUGUGGGAAAUUCUCAAAGUCCCCGAAAGAGAUAGCAAACAUAGUUUCUCAAUGGUUUGGUCCAAAACAAGAUGAGCUUGUAGCAAUGUCCCAAAACUCACUGAGGCUUGCUAGGCCAGAUGCCGUCUUUAAGAUCGUGCACGAUCUUCACGAAUUGGUUAGACAAAGAAACUUUGUACCUCAGUAUUGUACAACUUGAAUGAUUCAAUUAUGUCUUGGCAAAAAUUUUGCUGUCUGGUGGAGAAUAUUCUUUCUCAAAGUAACAUUUUCUCCUCAGUUCCCCUUUGAGUGGAUUGAAUUGAUUAGAGUGCACUAAAUCUCAUGUGGCUAAAGCAUUGA